ACAAUACCAAGGUUUCUUUCAACAAGGCUCCGUUUCUGUGACUUCGUUGUUAUGCUUCGCUAUGAGAACUGAAAUUUGCUGUUGGGUUAACAGCAUUUCAUGAUAUUCACACCGAAAUCGCAGCUUAUGAAUAUACUUGCCAUGUAAUCAUACUUCAUCACCAAGCUGCAGCUGUCCUUUAUCAUUCCACUUCAAUAUAACGAUUGCCUCUAUCUCCUAUCAAUGAACAGAAAAGGCCUCAUGGGCGCCAUUUGAGGGACACCCGGCUUGGAGAUGCAGAUGUUUCUUUUAGCUGGCAUAUUUCUUGGUACUCUUUCAAGCAGCAGUUCAUUGUCGUACCAUCUAUGCAAGACUAUUCAUAGCAGUAGCUGUAACAACACUUUUCGAAAAUACUACAGGGAUGUUCCUUUCAUUUGGAAUAAAAAUGCACUUAAGUUACCAAGGAGAGAAUUAACCGGGGAAGGAGUAGUAUUGGCUCUAAUCAUGAUACCCUCGUUGCUAGGCAAUGGUGCACUCAUUGCUAUGGUAACGUUUGAGAACAAGUUUAGGACUCCAACGAACCUACUGGUGAUAAGCCAGUGCAUUGCUGACUUGCUAAUGACAUUUUUCGUAAUAUCACUUUCGGCUGUAGCUGUGGCAAAGGGAGGCUGGAGGCUUCAUCAAAUGUGGUGCUUGUUCCAAGUAACAGCAAACAGGGCGAUUCUAUUUGUUACUUGUCUCCAUUUUGCACUACUUGCAAUUGACAGGUAUAUUGUCAUUGUGAAAACGAAAAGCACAGAUCGUUUCUCUAAGCAACAGAUUCUUGUCGCUUGCAGCGUCCUUUGGUUCAUAGCACUCAUUUUCGCAUUUCCGUGGGACGUUUUCUUUUUUCCGCGAGAAGUUUGGUUCGAGGUAACAUCCACAUUUUGCUAUGCCAGGUACACUUUUCCAGGUCAAAAGAAUUCCACCAUACUCAUUUUUGCAAGAAUUAUAGGGAUACUGACUAUACCUGGUCUCGUGAUAAUUUUCUGUUUCUAUCAUAUAUUCAGCGUUGUUAGAACAAAUCGUCGCAAAGUAGGUCCAUCGACGGUAUCAAACUGGCGCAAGAUUGCAGUGGCGGUAUAUGCAAAGUCCGCCUACACCAGCAUGGCUGUGCUCGUAUCUUUCUGCCUGUGCGUAUUGCCGUUUAUAGCUGUGUAUGGGCUGAGCAUUAUUGGUAACAUUAUCCAUUAUCGAACAUUAAUGGCUUCCAAGCAUAUCAUUUAUGCAAAUUCCGCUAUCAAACCUAUCAUUUACAUCAUAAGAAGUGUCCCUUGGUCUAAGAAGAUGCGGGUAUUAUUGAAUAGGAGACGGAAAGCAACAAGGACUAUAGCAGACUCGCCUGCUUUUAGACGCUCAUCGAAAUACGUUGUAGGUAAUUCGCUAAAGAGCAGUGCACUUUCUUUUCGUUCCCAGACUUCUACAAGAAACACUGCGAAACAGUUCAGCUCGAAGGAUUUUCAUGAACUGUUCUGCGUGGACGGAGUUAAGAAGGCUUGGGAACACUUUGGGUUGUGCUUUUUUGCCGAUCCGUUUACUAAAGCCCAUCUUAAUUCAGUGAGCGGCAAGAAUUAUGACAAAAAAUGGGGUCUGUCUCGGAGCUUUCUAAACAAAAAUCAAGCAGUUAUCAAUCCUUAUGUCGCUUCACCUCAUGGUCAUACCUCAGCAUUUGCAACUGCUGCAGAUGAAAGGAAAAAUGUAAUUGCGAAGGAGCCAAGACCAAUCAUAUCAUCCAAGCCAGUGCCUGGUACCCCAUUACAUUUCAGAGAGAUUGUUAUUGGACGAUGCUGGCAAUAUCAAAUCAAGAUUGGCAUCAAGGAUAACGAGCAAAUAAAUUGCGAGAAAGUGUGGGAUUAUUUUCAGCAAGCAUUUGCAUAUAAAGGACCUUGCGAUGUAACCACAAAGGAUUAUGCAGAAUUUUUGGAAAAGAUAGAUGAAGAUAUACCUAAAGACAGGGCGCUUUUGUGGUCUGGCUGUAGAGAACUAGCACACAAAUAUUCGGACUUUGGCUACAGUAAAAGAUUCACCAUACUCGAAAAUACACUGGCCGGGUAUCUCUUCGAAGGCUUAUCAUGGUGUGGGAAAAAGGACGCCCCUGGCAUUGAAUAUGAUAGCUGUCCUUACGAAUGCUCUAUUCAAGCUCCAUAUUGGGCAAUGGCAAAUCUAAUGUUCGCAAAGAAGGUCGAAGGAAUAGUACACGUGAUUCUGAACGGCACAAGACAGCACUUAGAUGAUGGAAGAGUAUAUCCUUCAUACUUGAAAGACAGAUAUUACUUUGGUCCAUACGUGGUACCAAAUAUCAACCCAAAGAAAGUGAGAGAGGUUCGAAUAAUCGUAGCCCAUUCACUCAGACAACGUCCACUGGAAAAGUGUAACGAAAAGUCGAUUAGAAUUUUGCAGAAUGAGUUUUUAGCCAAGGGACUUAAAGUGAGUUGCCACGACGACCCAGACUCUGUUAAACAUUUGCUCUGUGUUGGUGAAGAUGCUCUUGAUGAAUGCAUGCUGAAAAAAGUGAAAAAUACUUUUUCAUUGUAAUAACAUUGUAAUUCGUAAAUGGUAUCCGAUGCCUGUUUAUAGAAUAAGUGUUCACAUCAGAGUACAUUCAGUUCGAACAUUGACAUUUUACUUGUCGUUUUUAAGCUUGGAGCCUAAAAAAGUUUAUAUGUUGUUGAAUGAAAAACCUUGAGUAAAGUAAAUAUUGUAGGCGAGAAAGCAUCUUUGCAGCUGAAGACCUUUGGAGAUUUAUAAACCAAUUAUUUAAAAAUAUCCGCUUUAUAAAGCUAUAUACUUUUGUCAUAGAGACAAGCAGCCAUUCUAGAAAGAUUUUAAAAAGUUGGAUAAAUUUGUAUUUGAUUGUGCUGUAAAUAGUAUUGGUUUUUUAGAAUGAGAUAGGCUUUUCAUUUUUACAUUUGAAAUGCAGUUUUGUAGGGGAUGAAGUUGUGACUGAAAUGCAGUUUUGACUCAAACACGAUUUCACUUAGAACACUGCUGGUCACUUAAAAAGACUGGACAGAAAAUUAAAAAGCAAUCUUUUUGCUCAAUGUGUUAUAACGAUGUAGUACCAUAACGUAAAGUGAAAUGGUUGUGUAGUUAUUCGGUUUGACUGGAUUUUGAGAAAUUGAUUUGUUUAAAUAUUCAUUUGAUAUUGCUUAUCAACAUUAGUUUCCAGA